AUGUCUUCUGGAUCCAAGUAUAAGCCAACUGAAAACAACGGCUUGAAGGAAGACGGUACCGAAGAUAAACGCGUCAAUUCCGAACACGGCUUUGGUGGUCAAGAUCGCGAUCAUGUUAGCGAAAUGGGACGCAAAGGCGGUCAGACUCAACCAGAUGAGAUUUAUAAACCUUCAGAGCAUGGCGGUCUGAAGAGCGAUGGGACCGAAGACAAGCGUACUCGCUCUGAUCACGGAUUUGGAUCUCGUCCCACCGAAGAAGUCCAAGAAAUCGGUCGUAAGGGUGGAUUGGCACGUGGCAGUCAGCAGGGUGAGGAUUAUGAAUAG